UUUAUUUCGUGGCUUUGCUCUGUCUAGCUAGGAUACUGUCAUAUCAUACUUUUAACGAAACCUUCGACAUCCUCCUCUCAAACCUCCGUCUCAUACUCCCGUCCUCCCUUUAUUCCUACGCCUGUUUCAAUAUAUACUCUAUUAUAAUUCUCCCAUACUAGACUCGAUCGGAUCGCACCAUGAUGGAAACACAGCAAAUGGAGAGUCACCAGGUGUUCGCCUCGCGCCACUCAGGACGCAGCUCGGAAAGCGACAGCUCGGUGGACGCGGUCGUCAACGAGAAGCAGAAGCUCGCCAGCAACAACAACAACCGCGUGGUGAACGGGCGUCCGGAUCUGAACAACUCAGCCUCCCCCAAGCGGUGGAAGACGUUCUGGGCGGCGUUCCGACACCUGCAGAACCUGACCCCGAAGGAGGUGGAUGAUUUCAUGGCGUCCUACGUCAUCUACAAUCUGGACUGGUCGGACGAGCGGCAAAUGGUCGAGGCAUUGGGACCCAAUUAUCAGGCCAAGGUUGGGGACUGCCUGAAGUCAUACUACGGGGUGUUGAACCACCUGUGUGCGCUGGGCGAUGUGGAGAAGAUGUAUAUCCCCCCAUUCAUGAGCAAGAAGGCCACCGUGCUGGAGAACCAGCUGCUGUACGAGGAGUCCAUUGCGAACGACAUCGGGUUGGCCCCGGGCGACAAGGUGUUGGAUUUGGGUUGCGGCCGCGGACGGGUUGCCGCGCACAUGACGCAAUUCGCCGGCGCACAGGUCACGGGACUCAACAUUGACCCGAAUCAGAUCGAGCAGGCCAGCGACUACAACCAGAAGAUUGGCUUCAAGGACAACCGAUUCAUCGUGCAGGACUUUAACAGCCUCCCGCUGCCCUUCGAGGAUAACACCUUCGACGCGUUCUACCAGAUCCAGGCCCUCAGUCUCUGCCGCGACCACACCACGCUCUUCAAGGAGAUCCACCGCGUCCUCAAGCCCGGCGCCAAGAUCUCCCUCCUCGACUGGGUCAGCUUCCCGGAGUACGACCAGUCCAACCCGGAGCAUGCGGAGCUGAUGCGACGCGUCAAGCCGCUCAUCGGCGCCGUGGGCACUCCGACACCCGCCAGUCUCGAGAAGGCCCUGACGGACGCGGGCUUCGUGGUGACCAAGUCGGACAACGCCAGCGUGGGCGGUCUGCAGACACCGCUCAUCGAGAAGGUCGAUCUCUACUUCCGAUCCAUGCGACAGGUCAUCCUCGCGCUCGUCAAGGCCCACAUGCUGCCGCGUCACUUCAAGACCCUGAUCAACCGGCUGUGUCUGGACGGUGAGGCCUUUGUCAAGAUGGAUACCAUGCGACUCGUCACCACCAGUUACCGCAUCGUUGCGGAGAAGCCUCUCCAGUAAAGGUCCUUCUUCACCGAGCAGCUGUGGAGAGAAAAAAAGGAUUUGUGAUGAGAUGUUUCCACUCGACGGGACAAUAAGGCACAAUUACGUCAGGUGUCUUGGCACUCCGAUCGCCAUGUCGGUAUGGAAUGAUCCGAAGUCCGAACGUCUAUCGAUGCCGUUUUCCGUCAUUGGACCCACUUGGAAGACAAAGAAAAAUAAUAAUAAAAAUAAAGACUCAAAAAGGCAAAAAACAGAGGGAAACAUUCGUGUGGAAAGAGGCCUGGCUAGGAGAUAGAUUCCGAGGAGAAUUGCAGCUGGAAAGACGUUUCUACAUGCAACAAGCCCACACAUCUGCCGGCUAAGCGUUUUCCCGCGACAACAGUUACUUCCAUCUCAUCACAUCCUUGUAUUCCGCCAGAUAC